CCAUCCGCACACGGGGUAUGAUGCAGCCUCGAAUCCGGCGCAUAACUAUUACAAAUUUUCAUCGUCUUACUGUCAGUCCACUUUUUUCAGUAUACUUUAAAGAGAGAAUAGAAGAGGAAGGUCAUUGCAAUUCCCCAGCAAUCCCCAUAAUUUUGCUUGAUUCGCGAUAUGGCUGGCGGCAACUUCAGAUUUGCGAUCGAUCGAGGUGGAACUUUUACAGACGUUUAUUCCGAAUGUCCUAACGGAGAAGUACGAGUGAUGAAACUGCUGUCGGUGGAUCCUGCAUAUCCUGAUGCACCAAGAGAAGGAAUUAGACGAAUAUUACAAGAGGUAACAGGAGUAAAGAUGCCUGCAGAUCAGCCUAUUGAUCCAAAGUACAUUGAGUGGAUAAGGAUGGGGACCACAGUGGCUACAAAUGCUCUGUUAGAACGAAAGGGAGAAAGAAUGGCUCUGGUUAUUACUGAAGGAUUCCAUGAUUUGUUGCAUAUUGGCAAUCAGACAAGACCAUGCUUGUUUGAUUUAAAAGCAACUUGUCCAGAGGUCUUGUAUGAUGAUGUGAUUGAAGCCAGAGAGAGAGUUGUUCUAGUGCAAGAGAAAAGUGAAUUAGAACUGCAAGAUGACAGCUUCAUGGUUACUGGAGUUACUGGAGAAAAGCUCAUAGUUUGGAAACCACUUGACAGAUUGAAGCUCAAACAGGAUUUGCAGAGGAUUCUGGAUAAAGGGAUCAAGAGUCUGGCAGUAGCACUUUUACACUCAUACAUAUAUGACAGCCAUGAGAGGGAAAUUGGUGAAGUAGCCCUUGAAAUGGGUUUUGAUCAAGUAUCAUUGUCAUCUGCUGUUAUGCCAAUGGUAAAAGUUGUUCCAAGAGGAUACACAGCUUGUGCAGAUGCUUACCUAACACCCUGUAUCAAGAGAUACGUAAAUGGGUUUCUAUCUGGUUUUAAGAGUGGAAUUGAGGAAAAAGUCUUGUUCAUGCAGUCUAAUGGUGGACUAACUCCUGUGUCAAAGUUUUCUGGUUCUCACGCUAUUCUCUCUGGUCCAGCAGGAGGAGUGGUUGGGUAUGCUAUGACAACAUACUGUACAGAGACAAGACAACCUGUUGUUGGUUUUGACAUGGGUGGAACUUCAACAGAUGUUUCUCGUUAUGCUGGUCUGUAUGAGCAAGUGUUUGAGACAACAACUGCAGGAAUUACUAUUCAGGCCCCUCAGCUAGAUAUCAACACUGUUGCAGCAGGAGGUGGAUCUCGCUUGUUUUUCAGGGCGGGGCUAUUUGUUGUUGGGCCUGAGUCUGCUGGUGCCCAUCCAGGCCCUGUUUGUUAUCGAAAAGGUGGGCUAUUGGCUCUUACUGAUGCAAACUUAGUUCUUGGACGUAUACUUCCUGAGUUCUUCCCUAAGAUUUUUGGACAGGAUGAGAACCUUCCAUUAGACAAACAAGGGGCAUUGGAGACUUUUCAGAGAUUCACCUCGGAGAUAAAUGAAUUCUUGGCCUCCCAAGGUGGUGACAGCCAGAAUGUUCACCUUAGUGUUGAGGAAGUAGCUAUGGGUUUCAUUGCUGUUGCUAAUGAGACCAUGUGCCGACCUAUCAGGGGUUUGACUCAAGGCAGAGGAUACAACACUGCUGAUCAUGUCCUGGCCUGUUUUGGUGGAGCAGGAGGUCAACAUGCAUGCUCUAUAGCUCAGUCAUUGGGGAUGUCAACAGUCUUCAUUCAUCGCUAUUCAGGAAUCCUUUCAGCAUUUGGAUUGGCUUUAGCAGAUGUUGUUCAUGAAGCUCAAGAGCCAUGUUGCUGUGUUUAUAACAAAGACUCAUUCCAGUACUUAGAGGGAAGAAUUGAUUUCCUCAUGCAGCAGUGUGCAGAUGCGCUCAAACUGCAAGGGUUUGAUGAUGAACAGAUAUCUACAGAAAUAUUUCUGCACAUGAGAUACAAUGGAACUGAUUGUGCAUUGAUGUGCAAUAUCUCUCCUCGCCAAACAGAAGAGUCAGGGACAAGUUCUUGCUUCAACAUUGCUGACUUUGGUAAAGUUUUCACAGAGAGGUAUAUGCAAGAGUUUGGCUUUACCAUUCCUAAACGGGACAUCAUAGUCAAUGAUGUACGCGUAAGAGGCUGUGGGCAUUCCAAAACAUCAGUCACUCAUCAUCUUUCUCAUUCAAGUGUUUUGCCACCAGUCAAAAAGGUAACUAAAUGUUUCUUUGAGGGUGGCUACCUUGACACCAAAGUCUAUUUCCUCAAUGACCUUGCUGAAGGGCAUGUCAUUAAAGGACCAUCCAUCAUCAUAGAUCAACACAGUACUAUUCUUGUGGAACCACACUGUACAGCUUACAUUACAAAGUCUGGAGAUAUCAGGAUUGAGAUAGGAAAAAACAAAGGUAGAAAACAAGUCACUACAGAGCUGGAUGCAAUACAACUUUCCAUCUUUUCCCAUCGCUUCAUGAGUAUAACGGAUCAAAUGGGAAGGGUUCUUCAGAGGACUGCAAUAUCCACAAAUAUCAAGGAAAGGCUUGACUUUUCUUGUGCUAUGUUUAGUCCAGCUGGUGAUCUUGUUGCUAAUGGUCCACAUGUGCCAAUGCAUCUUGGAUCAAUGCAAGAAACUGUAAAAUAUCAGAUUGAUCAUUUAGGAGAUAGUCUGAAUGAAGGUGAUGUAAUACUUAGUAACCAUCCAAGCGCUGGAGGAACACAUCUCCCAGACCUCACAGUCAUCACCCCAAUUUUUUAUCCUGGCCAAAGUAAGCCAGUCUUUUUUGUCGCAAGUCGAGGUCAUCAUGCAGAUGUUGGAGGAAUAGCCCCUGGUUCAAUGCCCCCCCAUUCCCAUUCAGUCUUUGAUGAGGGAGCUGUAUUUAUGUCAUUUAAAUUGGUGGAGAAAGGAAUCUUUCAAGAAGAAGCUCUAAAGGUAAAGCUGUUGGAGCCUGCUAACUACGCAGGUUGUAGUGGAAGUCGUAAUUUGCAGGACAACAUUUCAGACUUAAAGGCACAGGUGGCUGCAAAUCACAAGGGAAUCAACCUCAUAAAUGCACUUAUAGAUGAGUAUAGUCUUCCUGUUGUGCAAGCCUACAUGGGUUACAUUCAGCAAAAUGCUGAGUUGGCUGUUAGAGAAAUGCUCACAGAAAUUGGUCUGAAAACAAAAGAAAGAACAGGAAAGUCAGUACUGCAUGCAUUGGAACAUAUGGAUGAUGGGACUCCAAUUAAUCUUACAAUUUCUAUUGAUGAAAACAAGGGGUCAGCAGUAUUUAAUUUUGCUGGAACAGGCCAGGAGUCAUAUGGAAACUGUAAUGCUCCACGGGCCAUUUCUCUUUCUGCUAUUAUCUAUUGUUUACGAAGCAUGGUUAAGCAUGAUAUUCCUCUUAAUCAGGGUUGUCUGGUGCCAGUAAAAGUACAUAUUCCUCCUGGUUGUCUUUUAGAUCCUUCACCCUCUGCAGCAGUGGUUGGAGGAAGUGUCCUGACCUCACAGAGGGUUGUGGAUGUCGUUCUCAAGGCUUUUGGUGUAUGUGCAGCGUCACAGGGCUGUAUGAAUAACACAACUUUUGGUGACGAAGGUUUUGGCUAUUAUGAGACUGUGGCUGGUGGUGCAGGCGCUGGUCCUACAUGGAUUGGACGAAGUGGUGUCCACACCCACAUGACAAAUACACGGAUAACAGACCCUGAGAUCAUAGAGCGAAGGUAUCCUGUCAUUCUUCUUCACUUUCAUCUCAACCCUGGUACUGGAGGUGAUGGUUUUUACAAGGGAGGGGAUGGUGUCAUUCGAGAGUUGAUGUUCAGAAGAAAACAAGUCUUGUCAGUUUUGUGUGAGAGGAGAUCAGCAUUUCAACCCUAUGGACUACAAGGU